AUAUACACGGCACUUACAAACUGCUAACAAUUUUGACUCUUUUGCAUGCUAUCGCAAAAAAUUGUUUCAGUUGGUGCGCGAUUUAUAGACGAUGUGAAAUACUGCACGUUUGUAUUCUGGUCACAAAGAGCAAAGCAAGACAUAAAAGUGCUGUGAAUGCGGCGCAGCUGGAGGCGUAGAACAAUAAUAACAAAUAAAAAGCAAAAGUAUGCCAAUAAAGGAUGAAGGAAUAAGGAAGGCUUUAAAAUCUACACAAGUUGAUGCCAGAGAUUUGCUGAUAAUUGGUUGUACAAAUUAUUACCGCAUGUAAAGAUAAAAAAUUUGGUGAUACCAAGAAAAUUCCUUUAUCGAGCAGAAAAAAAAAAUCGAACAAGUGUAGAGGCACAGUGGAGUAAAAUUGUGUAAUAGAGAGCUCUACGUUUGCUUGUUUUAAAAGCUCCCCGAAGCAGUUCUUCCAUAGUUAAUAUUUGAGAAUCGCGUGAUUAGCGAUUAAUUGCUAGAUUUGGUUUGGCACGCAUGUGUAUCGACUAUUUUUAACUACUUGCUAGAAGCCAAAAACAAAAGCAAUAAAGAAGCAAAAGGUUGAGGAAUUAUUUUAGCUCAGGGUUGAACGUGAAAACAUUAAAAGCGUGCGUAAUACACACCCACUAAUUUGCCGGCUGCAGAGCACUACAUAAUAUUUCACUUUUACUUUCAAUUUGAAAGCGUCAAAGUAGUAUUUUUGGCAAAAAAAAAACGUGCUGCACUUUGUGGCUGAAAUAUUGCAUUUUACAUCGUACACACAGUGCGAUAAGGUAUAAAAACAAAUAAAGGGAUGAUGGGAGACGGCCUUUGGCAAUUAUAAAUACCUAGUGUACAUGUCCAUUAACAGUUCCAUAUAAGGAAUACAAACUUAGACGCUGAUAACAUAGUUUCUGUGAUAAAGUCGAAAUAGAGAAAAUAGUGCUGCCAUAUAAAAGUUAACAAAUUUAAGUUGUCAGAUUUAUUUGCAAAGCCAAGAGCUAAGUUCAAAAAUGGUUACCGCAUCGCAAUAUACAACGGAGACAGUUUUCGAUUAUAGUUGGAAACAAGUAGUGCAAGCCUACUGGAAUCGCUAUCCAAACCCUUCAAGUACACAUGUUCUAACCGAAGACACAAUCAAACGCGAAGUGCGCGAUGGCAAAUUGUAUUCACGUCGUCUAUUCUCCAAAACCAAUCCAGUGCCAAAAUGGGGCAAACGCUUUUACAAUAAUGCGCCUGUAAGAAUUAUUGAAGAUUCUAUUUUGGAUCCAAAAAAGAAAACACUCGUUACAUUUACGCGAAAUAUUGGGUUCAAGAAAAUCAUGAAAGUCGAUGAAAUCGUCGAAUAUAGCGAACAGAAAGAUGGACGCACUUUGGCGGUGAGACGUGCAUAUGUCAGUUCGCAGGUGUUUGGCUUUUCACGUGCAAUACGUGUUUUUGGCAUUGAACGGUUCAAGUCGAAUUGCAACAAAGCUGUGAGCGGCUUUAAUUAUGUGCUACGGAAUAUGUUUCCCGGCAAUGCUGCUACGGCGAAUGCGAAUAACACUGCUACCAAUACGAUAGGCGUGACAGAUGGCAUUGCGAAUGAAGCGCCAACAACAGCGGGAACUAAUCAAAUGCAACAAGCGACAACGAAUAAAACUGAAGCCCUUAAAAUGGCCAGCAAAUCUGGUUAUGAGUAUUUUAAAAAUCAUGCCAUUAAAUUGGCACAACUAUUUUCAAUUAAAAAUUGAUAAAUGUGUUUUCUGAGAGCGCUAGUAGUACUGGUACAUUGGGUAUAGGCGUUGACUAUGCUACGCAUCAAAUCAUACUAAAUCAGUUCUCUAUACGACUUUCAAUUUAAGCGUAAUAGUUGUACACGAUAUAUUUAAGUGAGAGAAUAAUACCUAGUAAAUUUAUCGUUGGAAAAAGCAAUGGAUGGGCGAAUUCAAUUCCUAGUUUUGGCGAGAUGCAAUUUUACAACAAUCUCAUUUUGCUACGCCGCAGUAAAACUCCAAGGAAAGCAACUGAAUUAAUGCCUUAGUUGGUAGAGAUAAGCAGCGAAGAGUCGAUCAUCAACGGGGCAAUGGUGGUGAGGAAAAAUGCAAAAAUUCCUUUUCGGAUACUUUACUUUUUAUUUCUUCUUCUUUCGCGAUAUUUGCUCUUCAUUCCAAUGCAAUUUUGUAAAAAAAGCACUUACGGGUUCUAUGUACAUGUAUAGGAAAAAAGUAUGUUGGGGGCAAGCCGCUUUGAGCAGGUGGUAGCCGUAGAGCAGCUGAUUCUAUUUUAUUGAUUAGGUUUUAAAUUGUCGAAUUUUAUUUAAAUUAC